UGGGGGCAGAUUCUCUCCUUUCCGCUUCCGGACACGGUCCUGACAACGGCGAAGAGGGGGGUCGGUGUGGCUGCCGUGGAAACGUAAAAGCCGAGGCAACCGAGGAGCCAGCGAUGGGGGCCAGCGGGGAGGACUCGGCGGAGAGCGAGGAGCGCUUCGACGGCAUGUUGCUGGCCAUGGCUCAGCAGCACCAGGGCGGCGUGCGGGAGCUUGUGAACACAUUUUUCAGCUUCUUGAGGCGCAAGACGGAUUUCUUUGUAGGAGGAGAAGAGGGUGCUGCUGAGAAGUUAAUCACAGAGACAUUCAGCCGGCACAAUAAACUGGCUCAGAAAGCACAAAAGGAGAAGAAAGCCCACCAAGAGGCAGAGCAGCGUGAAAAAGCAGAACGUGCUGCUAAACUUGCCAAAGAAGCAAAAAAAGAAGACAGCGAACCAAGGAUUAAAGAGCUCACGGAUGAGGAGGCAGAAAGGUUGCAACAGGAAAUUGACCAGAAGAAGGAGAAAAAAGAAAAUGAGGCCCAGGAAGUCAAAUCUGCUGAGAGUCCAAUGGAAUCGCCAGAGUCCAGCAAACAGGAUACAGAUGAUGAAGAAGAAGAAGAUGAGAAGGACAAAGGCAAGCUUAAACCAAACUCUGGGAAUGGAGCAGAUCUUCCAAACUACAGGUGGACACAGACCCUCUCUGAACUGGAUCUGGCCAUCCCAUUCAAGGUGAACUUCAGGUUAAAGGGAAAAGAUGUGGUGGUCGACAUACAGAGACGGCAUCUGAAGGUGGGCCUGAAGGGGCACACUCCUGUGAUUGACGGCACAUUAUACAAUGAAGUGAAGGUGGAGGAGAGUUCCUGGCUAAUUGAGGAUGGGAAAAUUGUCACUGUGCACUUGGAGAAGAUUAACAAGAUGGAAUGGUGGAACAAGUUAGUCCAAACUGACCCAGAAAUUAACACCAAGAAGAUUAACCCAGAAAACUCAAAACUAUCAGACUUGGACAGUGAAACCCGCAGCAUGGUGGAGAAAAUGAUGUAUGAUCAGCGGCAGAAGUCCAUGGGGCUCCCCACAUCUGAUGAGCAGAAAAAGCAGGACAUACUAAAGAAGUUCAUGGAACAGCAUCCAGAAAUGGAUUUCUCCAAAGCAAAAUUCAACUGAUAUGCUUUUGCCUUUUUCUUCCCCCCCCUCCCCCAUUAAGUUUUAAAGUUUGAAAGCAAAGCCCAAGCAGGGAGAGUAUGUACUUUCUCCUCAGCCUUGGAGGGCAGUGAGUGCUCAUAUCAUCCUAGAGUGAGCUUUUCACAUGAAACAAAGCUGUGUUACUUAAUCCAUGUAGCAUGCUGUUUAGGCUUCUGGAUUUGUAACAGUACUACCAGUCAUCUGACACCUGUUUUAUAUUUGUGUACAGACUAGUAUGUCAGAGAUAGAAGUGAAGUAGAAUAGGGAUCGAUAAUGCAAAUACUGCAUUUUCCUUGAGUUUCUCCUAGGGGUAGUCCAACACAGUGGUUCCCAACCUUGGGUAAUCCAGGCAUUUUUGGACUACAACUCCCAGAAACCCCAGCCAUCAUAACUGGUGGUGAAGGUAUUUGCAGAUUGCAGUCCAAGAACACCUGGUUUACCCCAGGUUAGGAAUCAGUCGUCUAACAGAUUUAGGAGGCUAUAUUUGGUUGCAAUUCUUUUAGAAUCUAAAGAGGUACUCUACCUUCACUUUCCUUUGCUCCCCAGUUUUUGUUUUCAAGCUGAGGAUCAGAAAUCUUCCAUGAAACACCCUGUUAGUACACCCUGUCCCAC